CCCUUGACCAGCCUCAACAUCAACCAUCACCAUCAUCACCUUCACCUUCAUCACAACGAUAACAGCAAACGAAUCAUCGUCUCCUCCCCCAUCUCCAUGAGCCAUAUCAAUAUCAUCAGAAAUAACAUGACUGUCUCUGGCAAAGUCCUACUCCACACCCACACCACACCCACAGGGAGCUUCAUCGCCAGCCCCCCAACGCCGCCGCUUUCAGAAGAGAAAUCGAGCUCGAGCUCGGCGGUGCUCCGCGCUCUCGAAGAUAUUCGCUGCCUGAAGAGGACAGGACAAACGAGAGUGCCGACAUUGUGGCCGGUGUAUAAGUUAGACGCCGCGGAGUUUUCUGAUCUCGAGCAGCGGCUAGAACGAGAUAAGGAGCUCGCAGGAUUUGCUGAAGACAAAUUACGACUCGACUACUUCCCUUCCUCUAAACGACUCGUACUUCGAAUGCCCGGAGAUAGACACGAGGAGUUCAUUGCGAGGAUCGUGAAAGAGAUCCAAGAUCAACUGGAGGCUAUUCGCGGACCCUCCGCAUCAUUCGCUCGGCAGAUUGAGUCGCGUGCAUCUACUACAUUUAAAAGCUCUGACCCAGACUAUGGACGACAUGACCCGGAUGCGCAGUUCAAGCACUUAAAGGCACAGUUUCCCAGCGUGAUUAUCGAAGUGUCGCAUAGCCAGAAGAAGAGAGAUCUACCACACCUGGCAGAUGAAUAUAUCCUAGGCUCCGAUGCGAACAUUCAAGUCGUAGUGGGAAUUGACAUUGAGUAUAGAGGGGAUAAUGCAGGCAUGGCGACGCUUUCAGUGUGGGAGCCUGCUGUUGUAGAUGUUGAGGGAAUAGAUACUUUAGUUGCCAGGCAGACUAUUAAUGGCCAGAUGUUCCGCGAUGGCAAUGGCAAUGCAAUCUCUUCUCCUACAUGCGACCUCCGAAUUCCUCUGCGAGACUUCGCGCCCAACACCAUAUUCAACGAGAAGCAGGCACCAGAGGAAGAGAUUGUGAUAACAGGGAGCAAGAUGUGCGAAUACUUACAGGCCGCAGAGGCCCAGAUAGCGUUGAUCGACAGCAAUAUGGGUGUUAAGAUCAAAAAGACUUGGAAACAGAAGCGCCCGAGGGAACUCACGCCUGAGGAGAAAUUGCUAGAGCGGGAUGAGAAGAGAUUCAAGGCAGAAGAGGACAAGGUCUUGAAGAUGGAAGCAUUAGCAGAUCCAGAAUAUGAGCCCUAGGGCAAUUUUUCUCCUGAGCAUCUACUACUAAUUGCAGUGGUAGGCGAUCUUUGUCAACAGGGAAGCAUAGAAGGCUUCUGUUUAUUCUCUGUCUUCAGUGUGUUUCAACCUGCAAGUGGGGUUAUACCGAUCCAUGCCUAUAUCUAGAGUAACUGAAUAUUCCCAAACCAACUGCUGUUUACGCCUGUGUCUGCCCUUGUAAAGCCCCGGUCUAGCUCCUGAAUCCUAAGUAUAAGACACAGAAGGAUAAGUCUUCAGGAAUGAAAACUGCAG